AUGUGUCUUUAUUCCGCCUUUUCCGCCCUUUGCGGGCUCCAGGCUACCCUUGUUGUGGCCGAGAAUACCACUUGGCCUUGGCAAACCUUCAAAUCCAGCGCUCACGAGCCUCCGAAUCUCAAGAUCUUGGGCAGCAUUGACAGCUCCUCUUUUGUAUCUUGGAUUGACAUGCAUGAGAACACAAUGGCAUCUGAUGGAACAAUGCUGGUCACCGGCUACAAUGUCACCCAGACUGAUCUCAGUUCCGUGGGAGGCCCCAAGAAUGGCUGGAUCGCUGACUCGCUCUUCUAUGAGAUCGACGUCAAUACCAACGAGAUACUUUUCCGCUGGAGUGCCCUGGAACAUGUUGAUCAGAUUCCCUUGAAAGUUGUACAGCCUUUCUACCCUAUUCGGGACUGGGGACACAGCAGCAGCUCUCCCUAUGGCUACUUUCACAUCAACUCCGUGGACAAGUUUCAAGAUGGAACGUACAUCAGCUCUUCUCGUUACUACUGUUCGCUGGAUACUUCAGGUAAGUUCAAACUUCUUCAAGGUCAAACCGGCGGAGACUUUGCACUCAACGGAAUCAAGUUCAGCUACCAACACGACGCCUGCAUCCACGACGAGACCCACGAUGCAUUCGUGCUUAGCAUUUUUGACAAUUCCAACUCUGAUGUCCAGAACGGGACUGAUCACACUGAAGGCAUAUUGAUGAAUGUCAAUCUAGCCACUCGUGAGGUCUCCCUUCUCCAAACUCUCCAUGAUCAACGCGAUGAAAUCUUUUCGACUUCUCAAGGAAACAUACAAUUGCUGCCCACAGACCACGUCUUGAUGGGCUACGAAUCAAAUCCUAAAAUCCAUGAGUACAAUACCAACGGGACUUGUGUCAUGAUUGCCCAGUUUGGAUUCGAUGAUAUCGUCGCAAGUUACCGAGCCUAUCGCUUCCCCUGGGUCGGCGUCCCCGAUACUCUCCCCGAUGUGUUUUCUUGCAUUGAUUAG